UAAGUCCACGACAGCAUCGUCUCCGUCCUUAACUGAUCACGUCCGCAAAGACCCUCUCUCCAGGGAAGGUCCUGCUCUGAGGCCCGGGGUGGACGUGAGUCCAGGAGAUGCUGUCAGUCCAGUGGGUGGGGGGUGGGGGGUGGUCACAGAAAUCCUCCCGUGCCUGGCGGCCAAGGGUGGGCUUACUGAGACAGGCCGAGUGGUUCUGCCCUGUGCUUGCCUGGGAAGGUGGGCAUCCAGACACAAAGACAGUGGCCACUGCGCUGACAAGUAACGGACGGUGGGGCCGAAGGGUCAGUAUCAGUUGGGAUGUCUAGAAGGACCUUUGUUUUCGGGACUGAAGCCGGGGUCGAGGGCAGGAAAUGGGGCCGUGGGCGGAGGAAGAGUUUCCUGAGACAGUGUCUGGUUAUGUAAGUUUCGGGACAGGAGGCAGAAUUUGUGUUAAUUGUUGUAACCUAGUUUAGUUGGCCAGUCUCUGUCACGUGAAGGGCCAGGAAAGGCGUGUCGGUCACAGAGGAGUCCUCAGGGCUGGGCCUGGCUGUGUGCUGGCUCCCAAAUGCGGCACAGACUGGGGCCACUGGGGCCCUCUGGCCCGUCCUCCAUCCCCCCAGAAGAGAAGUGAGCUCCUGAAGUGAGGGGGAGGUAAUCCAGGAGAGGAGAUGUGCCCCCCUCGGGCGCUCCCGCGCUGAGUGUGAGGCGAGCCCUCCAGCGCCUGCCCACCAUGUCGCAGAUGCUGCACAUCGAGAUCCCCAACUUCGGGAACACCGUGCUCGGCUGCCUCAACGAGCAGCGCCUGCUGGGCCUCUACUGUGAUGUGUCCAUCGUGGUCAAAGGCCAGGCUUUCAAGGCCCACCGGGCCGUCCUGGCCGCCAGCAGCCUCUACUUCCGGGACCUGUUCAGUGGCAACAGCAAGAGCGCCUUCGAGCUGCCGGGCACCGUGCCUCCCGCCUGCUUCCAGCAGAUCCUGUCCUUCUGCUACACGGGCAGGCUGACCAUGGCGGCCAGCGAGCAGCUCGUGGUCAUGUACACGGCCGGCUUCCUGCAGAUCCAGCACAUCGUGGAGCGCGGCACGGACCUCAUGUUCAAGGUGAGCUCGCCCCACUGUGACUCGCAGACCGCCAUGAUCGAGGACACCAGCUCGGAGCCCCAGAGCCCCUGCACCCAGCUGCAGCCGGCUGCCCCCGCAGCACCCCCCUACGUCGUGUCCCCCUCUGUGCCCAUCCCGCUGCUGACCCGCGUGAAGCACGAAGCCACGGAGCUGCCGCCGGCCGCCGGCCCGGGCCUGGCCCCCAAGCGCCCGCUGGAGACGGGGCCCCGGGAUAGCACGACGGUGGCGGCGGGUGCCACGGCGGCGGGCGCGGCCCCGCUCAAGCUGCCCCGGGUGUCCUACUACGGGGUGCCCAGCCUGGCCACCCUCAUCCCCAGCAUCCAGCAGGUGCCCUACUCCCAGGGAGAGCGGACCAGCCCGGGGGCCAGCAGCCUGCCCACCACCGACAGCCCCACCUCUUACCACAACGAGGAGGAUGAGGAGGACGACGAGGCCUAUGACACGAUGGCAGAGGAGCAGUUCGGCCAGAUGUACAUCAAGGCCACCGGCAGCUACGCAGUGCAAGAGAAACCGGAGCCCGUGCCCCUGGAGAGCCGCUCCUGCGUCCUCAUCCGCCGUGACCUCGUGGCCCUGCCCGCCAGCCUCAUCAGCCAGAUUGGGUACCGCUGCCACCCCAAGCUGUACUCGGAAGGGGACCCCGGCGAGAAGCUGGAGCUGGUGGCAGGCUCCGGGGUCUACAUCACGCGCGGUCAGCUCAUGAACUGCCACCUGUGCGCGGGCGUGAAGCACAAGGUCCUGCUGCGGCGGCUGCUGGCCACCUUCUUCGACAGGAACACCCUGGCCAACAGCUGUGGCACAGGCAUCCGUUCCUCCACGAGCGACCCCAGCCGCAAGCCUCUGGACAGCCGGGUUCUGAACGCUGUGAAACUGUACUGUCAGAACUUCGCCCCCAGCUUCAAGGAGAGCGAAAUGAACGUCAUCGCCGCGGACAUGUGCACCAACGCCCGCCGCGUCCGGAAGCGCUGGCUGCCCAAGAUCAAGUCCAUGCUGCCCGAGGGCGUGGAGAUGUACCGCACGGUCAUGGGCUCCUCGGCGGCCGGCGUGCCCCUCGACCCCGACUUCCCGCCCGCCGCAGCGCAGGUGUUCGAGCAGCGCAUCUACGCGGAGCGGCGGGGGGACGCGGCCACCAUCGUGGCUCUGAGGACGGACGCCGUGAACGUCGACCUGAGCGCCGCCGCCAACCCCGGCUUCGACGCAGCCGAGGAGGCGGACGGGGCUGGCUCGGUCAUCCAGGAGGUGGCCGCGCCCGAGCCGCCCCCCGCUGCGGCCCCGAGCCCCCCGCAGCCCUUCGAGCAGGCGGGCGCGAGCUCCAGCCGGCCGCAGACGCCCGCGGCGCCCCGGAGACCGGAGGCGUCCUACGCGGGGACCUUGUAGAGGGGCCGCCGGGAGGCUCGCGGCCGGUACUAAAGCUGCUUGCAUGCGUUACUAAUACAAACAGAUGUGAUCAAGCCACUUACUACGGAACUGCUACUGUUGCCUGAAAAAAAUGUGAUUUUUAUCCUGCUUGUAUUUAAAGUUUAUGAAGGAAA